GAGGUAUGAAACACUCAGCACAUAACCUUGACUAAAAUGUGUAAUUAUUGAACAUUGAAUGUAAACGAUUGUUAAAAAUUCGUUCCUGGAAACUUUCUUGUUUAUGUUAAUAUGUGAGUCAUCGCUAAAAGAUAAAACUCGCAUACAUGUUAUUUAACACGGUAUUAGUUGUUUUCGGCAGACGUUUCUACAACGUUCUAAUCGUAAGAGCCUUAUCCUUCCUGUUUCUGUCAUCACUUUUCAUUCACGAAAGCAUGUCUCAAUCAGCCGAAGUAACCAGUGCAAAUUCCCAAUUCGCUAACAAACUAUUUCAACGACUUGUAAAGGACAAUAAUGAAAAUGUAUUUUUCUCUCCAAUCAGUGUGCACACGAUCCUUUCGCUAAUUUAUCAGGGUGCUAAGAACGACACACAGAAAGCAUUAGCAGAAGUAUUAAAUGUUCCUGAAGCAAAGGCUACUGCUGACGGCUAUAAAGCUGUGAUGUCUGAAUUGAAUAAUGUUGAUAAUGUGACUCUUCACAUUGCCAAUAAGAUAUGGGUAAAAGAAAAUCUGAAAUUGAAAAAUUCUUUUCAAACCUUAGCAGUUGAUAAUUUUUUUGCCGAAGCAGAGCCAGCUGAUUUUAAUAAACCAGAAGCUUCAGCAGAAUUGAUAAAUCAAUGGGUUGAACAAAAGACUAAUAAUAAAAUUAAAGAACUUAUUCAAAAAGAUAUGAUCAAUGGCAAUACCGCAAUGGUACUAGUUAAUGCCAUUUACUUCAAAGGCAACUGGGCAAAGCAAUUCAAGAAACAUGCCACCAUUAAACAACCAUUCUAUGUAUCCAAUGAAGAAACUGUUAAUGUUGAUAUGAUGCACAUUGAAAGUAAUUUCCGUUAUGCAGAAGAUAAGGACCUUGAUGCAAAAAUUUUAGAAUUGCCUUACACUAAUCAGGAUGUUUCUAUGUUGAUUAUUUUACCAAACAAAAAGGAUGGAAUUAAUGAACUUCAGCAAAAAAUUGUGACUAAAGAUUUGACCUCACUGAGUAAUAAUUUAAGAAGCAUUAAAGUUAAUGUUGCCCUUCCCAAAUUCAAGAUUGAAUCUACUAUCAAUCUCGUCCAAGUUUUGACUGAUUUGGGCCUGGGAAUCAUCUUUUCUAAUGAUGCAAACUUUGAAGAUCUUUUGGAUAACUCUGCACCACUGAAAGUUAGUGAUGCCAUUCAAAAAGCAUUUAUUGAAGUUAAUGAAGAAGGAAGUGAAGCUGCAGCUGCGACUGGAGUGAGAAAAAUAGCUAGGCCUAGCCAACCAAUUCCUACCAUUCGGUUCGUAGUUGACCACCCGUUUAUUGUAGCUCUGAAACAAAAAUACAACCUCCUUUUUGUUGGACGUGUUGCAAAACCAUAUAGAAACUGAUUGGUUGGUUUAUCUUGAUUAUCCACGAUUUUUAAUUUUUAUUACUUUCCAACGCUUAAAAGGAACUAAUUUUUAAAUGGUGGAAAAAUAUUUAUGACAAUUGUUGUGCAUUGUAUUCUGUUGAUUAUUGUAAGAACAUUUUGCUCUUUGAUGGACUUUUGGUGAUAAAUAUUUUUCUACGAUAAUAACAUUAUUUAAACUUUCUUAGGUGCACUUUCUUGUGAAACAUUUAUUCAAUAAGAAUUCGAAGAAAAAGAAAUACAACAAAACAGUUUUACUAAAACUUUUUAUUGUGCUCGACAGUUAACGAUUAUUUAAGAUUUCACGGCUGUCGUCUGAAUUCUUAUUGAUGAUCCAACGUUAUUGCUAUACACGAAACAGAAAGUUUCUGAAGAUGUAUCAUGUGAUAUAAGACGAAACGUCGAAACACUUAUCUAACUGUCAUGGAGAUUUCAUCAAUAAGACGCGACUAAAAUCCGAAAUUACAGUUUCUUCAUUAUCAAUAAUGUUAUUUACUAAUAAACGAUAAAAUAGUAAUAUUGCAUUAAUCAGAACAAUUGUCGAGAUCAAUAAAUAAAUGUAAAACUUCUUAGUCUACAAGAACUGUUGAAACUGACUACCCCCUUCUUCUGUUUGGUUGCCGAACUCUUCCUAAAACAAUUGUGUCGUUUCUUAUUGAUUCCGAUUUCUUUAAUCUUUCACAUUUUCUACUACUUAAAUAGCUUCAAAUAGUUAUCGGAAUAAUUGUUAAAACAAUAAAACGCACUUUUAUCGUUUUAGUUCUCGGUUACUCGGUAUUAAAGCCAGUGUAGUACGCUGUAAUUUCACCUUGACUACGUUCAUAAUUUGGAAAACAUGUAUCAAAAUUGGUUUUACCGAAAAACAUUUAUCACUUUGUAUCUUCGACAUAAACUAAUUUUAUAAAAAUCAUCAAAGAACAAAAUAUUGUUACUUUUAAUCCUGGAAAACCCCUUGAUGCGUUGGUGGUUUAAUAAAUUCGUUGUAUAUAACUUUUGUCGUUAUAGAGACAUUGUAGAAAUGCUU